CGUGUUUGGAAAAGACAAAAUGCUUUCAUUGGAAUGUGAAGUCGUUGAACUGAAGGUUUGAACUACAUUUCCCACAAGUCCACUCGGUGUUUAGGUCGCGAGCUACGUCAGACUGCUGCUGGUGCGACAAACGUUAGUACUUUCGUCGUUUUAGUGGCUUUAAUCUGCCGUUCCGAAUCUGAAAUAAUAAUGGAGUGUCCUGCUAGCAGCGCUGCUUCAGUGGAGCUGAACCCUGUCCUCCGUCCUCUGAACUGGCUGCUGGGUAACUGGGAGAGUGACAUACCUGGAGAGGGCACAUUCCCCACCAUAAAACCUUUUCGCUACACAGAGAAACUGUACUUCAGCCAUGUGGGGCAACCAGUCAUCAACUUCAUGUUUAAUGCUUUCAAUGCAGAGUCUAAGAAGCCGAUGCACAGAGAAUGUGGCUUUAUUCGAAUCCAGCCAGGAACCAACAAAGUGGCAUUCAUGAUUGCACAGAAUUCAGGUCUGGUUGAGAUCGAGGAGGGAGAGCUGACGGGAAAUCAUCUGAAACUGCAGACUGAGAAGUUGGCCAGAAUUUCUUUUGCUAAGGAGCCACAUGUACAGCAGAUUUGCAGAGUGUUUCAGCUCUUACCGGAUGGAAAGCUGGAGCAGACGGUUACCAUGGCGACAGACAACCAGCCACUGUCUCAGCACCUGCACAUCACCUACCGUCGAUCUUCUUGACCCAAUGAGCAGCGAGACUCAUCGUCACCCACCUGGAGUCAACAUGUGGAGUGUGGGUCUCAAGAGUUUGUUCGUACCCUGGGUUUCUUUGUCUUUCAUUUAUUAAAUGCAUGUAAAUAAA